CCCCACCCACACCCACACCCCACACCCCACCCACACCCACACUCACGCCCUCCUUAUAUAUUUUGGGGGAAAGUUAGCUGAUGAGUUAGUAAGAUUAAAUUUGCCCGAAUGUUUGCCAAAUAUAACUAUGUUAAAUACGUUAAUCUCAAGUUCAAAUUUAAAGAUUUUCGAAGCAGAAUUUCGAUUUGAUGAACUUCAAAAUAAAUUUGAAAAUCUUAAUGUUCAAUAUGCAUUUCGUUCGGCAGAUAUGACAAGUGUUAUUAGAAAAGUAAAAUAUGAUUCAACGGAAAAUGCUUUCAUCGGAUUUCCUACACCACUUGUUUGUUGAAAACCAAUUAAAGAACAUUAUUAAACUGAUUUGUUUGAUAUUUUGAAGUCAUGGUUUAAUUCAAUUGAAAAAUCGUCAUUCUUGAAUGUACAUAUGGUGCAGCCGUUGCCAUCCAGAAGCCAGAGCAUGAUUCCAAGUCCGUUUUUAUUAGUAGCAUAUGGAGUUGAUAAUUUAAGUACAGCUGAUGACAUACUUCAAAGGUGAUGGUACAUAUUUAAUCAGUUUUUACAAAGAAAAAUAAGACUAAUUGGUUUUUCCAAUCGUAAGAGGAGAACUUCAUAUUAUUAUUUCAAAUAUUAAUGGUCAAGAAUCUUUUUCUUUGUAGAUGCUGAUCCAAAAUAUUUACGCUCUAUGCGUUUGGUUAGUGGAUUCUUUGGUUCUGUUCCUAAUUUUCAAAUUCAUGAACAUUCACAAGCUUUUAAAAUACAAAUAAAAUUACAAUGGUCUUGGUUUUAUUUACGUAAAGAACAACUUUUGUUGUUUCUUCAAGAUGCCACGCAUUUAGUCACUAAAUGGCGAAAUCGUUUAUUAUCCUCGACAGCUAAAUUACGUAUUGGUAAUAGAAGUAUAUCAGUCAACCACUUAUAUGAUAUUAUUAAUAAUCUAGCAUAUACUAAAUUCGAUCAUUGUUUAACAAAAUCCGACAUUAACCCUAAAGAUCGCCAAAAUUUUAGCUCGUGCCUGAAGUUGACAUCUGAUGGUCUUCUUCAAAUUUUAAGUGAGAAUGUAAACAUUCAAGGCACCUUUGCUUAUCUUCGAAUGUUAAAAAUGAUCAUUGUAACUUAUAUUGAAAAAAAAACAACAAUUACUGAACGCAAAAAUACACGUGCAUUAAGCGGAAUUUACUCAACUAUCGUUAACUUUACUGUACAUGAUUUUUUACAAAGAGCUCAAAAAUUAUCGUUGCUCAAUGAUAUUAAAUAUAAGCAGUUACAUGAUCCAUCAGUUGACAAAUUAAUCUUUCCUGUUCAUUAUAAGCAUCAAAAUGAUCGGCACUCAUUAUCCACACAAUGUCAAAAUGAAAUCGAUCAAUUAGAUGUUGAACAAGUCAUUGCCAAUGCAUAUGAUGAAGCUGUUGAUAUAUUUGAUGACUUAGAAGUAUUAGACUGA